AUGACGCAACUGGAGGAUGAUGACCUUUUGAACAAUUUACUGAAAAUCCCGGGCACCAUCAUCAUCUACAACAACGACAUGAGCUCCUACGAUUACGUGCUGAACGCUCAGAAUGUGACGCUCCCCCUAACGCCAGCCACCUCGAGCGCCGGGUCGACCGUAUCCGAGCAAUCGGUGGACGACCUGAACAGCAGCGCAUCGAUCGAUGCGGACAUGGCUAGCUCGCCGGUGCCCGCCUUCCUGCCUGGGACAGCCGGCGCCGUCCCAACGCAACCGUUUGUCGUACACUCUCCUUCCACCUCUAACGUGCCAGCCCAGACUCCGUCCAGUGUCAACUCGGAACUGGAUCAAAGCUUCGAGACCGACUUCAUGGGCGGCGCCAGUGACCGUCCCUCGGACGGAUGCUCUCCUGGCGGUGAAGAAAAUAUGGAAGAAUUGGACGACGAGAUCGAAGAAGAGCUGGAACUGGGCGCUAGCGUAGCGGACAUCGAGGACGACUCGGAACCGGAACUGACCAACCUGUCGUGGCUGACGGAGCUGAAGAACAUCACCAACCUGACCCCGUCGGACGUGCCGCUGACAGAUUUACCGACGGCACGGUUCAACAAAUUUAUUGCCCAAGUACGACGGAGCCGCGAGACGUACGAUAAGCGCAAGGAGCAGUACACGGCGGUGACGAACUCGCUGGAAAAACCGCCCUUCAACUAUGCACAAAUCAUCGCCAUGGCCAUGCUCGAGGAGGGCCGCAUGACGCUCAAGCAGAUAUGCAAAUGGAUCCAGGAGAAGUUCGCCUACUACAAGGUGCACAAAAAUUGGAAUAACUCCAUCCGGCACAAUUUGUCGCUGAGCUUCUUCUUUACCAAAGUACAACGGGCCAAAGACGAGAAGGGAAAGGGCGGCUACUGGGAGCUGUCGAUGGAUGUGUCAAAGAGCGAACGGCGCCGGGUUCGGGUGCGGCAGCGCAAUAAGUCGGCCAACGUUACCACCAGCGGCAGCAGCAGCCUCCGGGGACGAUCGGCUGCACGAUCACCGAAGAGAUGUACCGCCGCUGGCAGCGGAGGGUCAGACUUUGGACAGAGUACCAACAACAACAAUGAGCUGACUGUGAACCACAAUCUGAGCAAACCAAGCCGGCGGACACCUUUCGAAGUGGUGGGAGAGGUCGCUUGUACUCCACCCAGCUCGGACUCUCCAGUACCGCCAACGAUUGACCGGAACAACAACACGAGCUCGCAGCUUAGUCUUGUUCCGGUGGCCACGCAGCUGGCGCAACAGCAGCAACCCCUUCCGGUGUCCAGUGUGACGAUCGAUAUCAUAGACAACUACGGGAAACCCGGGAUGGUGGGUGAGGUUACUCAGAUUUCCACGGAUAUUCCGACCGUUCGGUCGCUGGACUGCAGCGGUCAGGUGCUGGUAGCGAACACGCCACCCGAUCACCACCCGGCAGUAGUAGCAAGCGGGGAGAUACCGAUCAACGAGGAGCAACUGAUCCGGGCCAGCGCGAUGGUGGAAAACUGUCCCAUUAACUUCGAUUCCAUCAUCAACGGGGAGACCGGUGCCAGUAUCUUCAACAACUUGACGGUGGAUGAGAUCUUCUCCGACAACGAAAUACCGCAGCCGGCGAACGACGAUAUUAUUGUGCCAUUUUUCACCAACGUCCAGCAGGUCCAGGCGGGCCCGAAUGUGGUGGUUGAAACCAUCCCGUACUAUCUGCCCGACAUGGGCAACUUUGACGAGAGCGAUUUCAGUAAUCUCAUCAACAUCAACGACAACGAAAUUAGCGACGAGUUCCUCAACGAGCAUGGGUUUCUGUAG